UAGAGUGCUAACAACUGGGAAACUAUCGCUUAAUUUACUAAAACACAUUUUGAAGUCAUCGGUAUUUUUGUUUUGUUUUUUGGUUGAAUUUUGAUUUUAUAGUACAUACGUGAACAGCGCAGAUACCGCUACAACACAGCCAUUGGCGGUCAUUGUCAGAUAAGUAGCCUACAUUUUACAAAUCACCACUCUCUAAGAAUCAUAUAUUUUAGCUUAUCGCUAAAAGUGAAACUGUAAUUAAUGGAUCGUUUUAAGUUGGUUCUGCAGUAUUUCCAGUCAAAUUCCGAGUCCAUCUCCAAUGGUAUCUGUAUAAUAUUGUCCUUGAUAAGCGUCAAGCUAUACACAAGUUUUGAUUUCAAUUGCCCCUGUUUGCCGCAAUACAACAAGAUGUACGCAAUGGGGGUCAUGUUCGUACCGCCAAUUAUAUUGUUCUGUUUGGGAGUAUUAGUUAAUCGUCAUACAGGGGUGUUGAUGGAAGAAUGGGUCAGACCCAUUGGGAAGAGGACAAAGAAUCCGGCAGUGGUUAAAUUUCUGCUUUCAUCAAUGUUACAACGGGCCCUUCUGGCUCCCAUGGUCUGGAUCCUAAUGACACUCCUGGAUGGAAAAUGUUUAAUCUGCGCGUUCAGUAUGAAUGUUGACCCCAAACAUUUUACUGGCAUCCCCAACAGCACUGGCCUGGAACUGAUAAAGAUCAUGGCUAAGGUGCCCUGCAAAGAAGAUGUUAUCUUCAAGAACAGCAGUUUUCGGAAAGCUGUGUCACGAUAUGUGCGUUGUUACUCCCAAGCAAUAGGCUGGUCAGUCCUUCUCAUCCUUAUUUUUUUGGGUGCUGUGGGUCGAAUCACGAAGCCUUGCUUCAAUCACGCCACUUUCCUGCAGACCCGUUACUGGAGCAAUUACCUGGACAUGGAGCAGAAACUCUUUGAUGAGACCUGUGUCCUCCAUGCCAGAGACUUUGCCAGAAAAUGUGUGCUGCAGUUCUUUGAGAGCAUGCGAGAAGAUUCCACUCUGAGACUGCCCCUCUCGAGUGCACUCGGACCUGGCACAAUGCAGAAGGAAUAUGAAGAGGAAGAAGAAGAGCGUCUGCAUGGUAUAACGAGACACGAUCAAGUGGAUAAUUUGCUACAAACCUGGUACCAGUGCAAACCAGAACUGAAUGUGACCAGGAUGGCCUAUAAACCCAAAGUGUGCAUCACUUGGGAAGAUCGCAAUGGAAAAGCAUUAUUCUCUGAAGUGUGAA